UUUUAUUGAAUGCGGAAGUAGGCGGAAGUCAGGAAAACCAAAACGACUAGAAGAAUUGUGGAAAAAGCAACAUUUGCCGUUUAUUUUUUAAUUCCAUACCGCCGCUAAACAUUAUUUCAGGUCAUCAUGAUUUUAUUGGAAAUCAACAAUCGGAUCAUAGAGGAAACUCUAACGCUUAAAUUCGACAGCGCGAGCAACGGGAACAAGCCUGAAGCAGUAGAAGUUACCUUUGCAGAUUUUGAUGGUGUGCUCUACCACAUCUCCAACCCUAAUGGAGACAAAACAAAAGUAAUGGUCAGCAUCUCUCUCAAGUUCUACAAGGAGCUGCAGGUACAUGGUGCUGAUGAGUUGCUUAAACGUGUUUAUGGCAAUUUCCUUGUGGCCCCAGAAGACGGGUACAAUAUUUCUCUGCUCUUUGACCUGGAGGCACUUCCGCCCAACAAAGAACAGGUGAUCCACCAGGCAGGCAUUCUGAAGAGGAACUGCUUUGCCUCCGUCUUCGAGAAGUAUUUUAAGUUCCAGGAGGAGGGUCGUGAUGGAGAGCAGAGGGCUGUUGUGCAUUACAGGGAUGAUGAGUCUAUGUAUAUCGAGGCUAAGAAAGACAGAGUAACUGUUGUCUUCAGCACAGUGUUCAAGGAUGACGAUGAUGUCAUCAUCGGGAAAGUGUUCAUGCAGGAGUUUAAGGAGGGGAGGAGGGCCAGCCACACGGCUCCUCAGGUGCUGUUCAGUCACAGAGAGCCUCCGCUGGAACUGAAAGACACCGACGCUACAGUGGGAGACAAUAUUGGCUACAUCACUUUCGUGCUGUUUCCGCGACACACCAACGCCAACACCAGAGACAACACCAUUAACCUCAUCCACACCUUCCGGGACUAUCUGCACUACCACAUUAAGUGCUCCAAGGCCUACAUUCACACUCGCAUGAGGGCCAAGACCUCCGAUUUCCUCAAAGUACUGAACCGAGCUCGGCCAGACGCCGAGAAGAAAGAGAUGAAAACUAUUUCGGGAAAGACCUUCUCACGUUAAGGACGUGUCACACGGUCAGACCACAUGCUCUCACAAGACCAGGUUGAGAUCCGUGGGAGUUUUAUACACCUCUGGCCAGUGACGUCCGUCAUCCUGUCAUUUGCACCUCAGCAGGGGGACAAAAGAAAUUCCUCGCUUGGCAUUUAUAGCAUAUUAUAUGUUGGAUAAACGAUUUUUGAUACGCUCUUGUGUUUUAUUGCGUAGGACUCUGUGGUCUGCCAGGGUUUUAUUGACAGUAGUCAUGCAGUAUUUUCCUCUUCCUCUUUUGCCUUUUUUGUUUCGCCAAAUGCAUCAAUAUUUGACAACAUGAAAUAAACCGGCCCUCUAUAUAA